ACUCAACCACCGCCAAACCAUGUUCCUUACACGGUCCGAGUACGACCGCGGAGUGAACACCUUCUCGCCCGAGGGCCGGCUGUUCCAGGUCGAGUACGCCGUGCAGGCUAUCAAGCUGGGCUCGACGGUCAUCGGGAUCCAGACGCCCGAGGGUGUGGUCCUGGCGGCGGAGAAGCGGCUCUCGUCGCCGCUGCUCGAGCCGUGGUCGGUGGAGAAGAUUGUUGAGAUCGACUCGCACAUCGGCUGUGGUAUGUCGGGACUCACUGGCGACGGGCGGACGCUCGUGGAGCGCGCGCGGGUGGAGACGCAGUCGCAUCGGUUCACCUUUAACGAGCCGAUGUCGGUGCUGGCCACGACCCAGGCAGUUUGCGAUGUGGCACUCUCGUUUGGCGACCGCGACGCCGAGGACAAGCCGAUGUCGCGGCCGUUUGGCGUGGCGUUGCUCUUUGCCGGCGUGGACGAGAACGGGCCGGUCCUGUACCAGACUGACCCGUCCGGCACGUUCCUGCAGUACAAGGCUGUGGCCAUCGGCGCCGCGUCCGAGGGCGCGAACAACCACCUUGAGGAGCAGUACAACCCAGAGAUGACGCUCGAGGAAGCCAUCCGCUGUGCGCUCUCGAUCCUCAAGCAGGUGAUGGAGGACAAGAUCUCGGACAUCAACGUCGAGGUCGGUGUUGUUCCGGUCGAGACCGGCCUCUACCGCAUCAUGGAUGCCGAGGAGAUCCAGGGCCACCUGGAGGCGUUGUAGGCCAUGCAGUUCCAGCCGCCGCUGCAAACUAGGAUAAAGAGGGUGUGAACCGUG